GACGACUCGUUGACUCGCAUCAGGAAGCGGUCGGAGAUGGGCCGCUGGCAGCCCUCGCAGACGGCGGGAUGCGGGCAGUCGGAGCCUGCAGCGCACAGGACGAGAGCCGGGCCGUCAGCGCCGACCAGCCCGGCCCAGCGUCCCGAUCGCGCGGUGCCCGCAGCUCCGGCCCCAAAGGCGAAGGCAGCCCGGGACCGCCGUCCGCCGCCUGCGCUUCCCCAGCCGCCGCGCCAGGGGCCGGGCAGCCUCAGCUAGUUCGUCCCAGUCGGCGGACUCCGCCGCGGAGAGGCCGCGGGCCUGGAGCCUCAGCUCGGCGCUGCGCGCUCCCCUUCUCCGGAGAUCCGGCGCUUGGUGAUAAUACAUAUGAGAACGAGCACGGCGCGGGGCAGCCGGCUGGGACCGAGACAGGAGAGCUUCAGCGCUAAGAGGAGUGGCCCUGAGCGAGGCCAGACUGCACGGACGGCGGGGAGCGCAGCGGCUCCACCAGGGGACGGCGCCGGCCGGGAGUGGCCGCCCGGGGCCCCCGACUGUCGGCCGAGAGCCAACCGCCUCCUGGUGUCCUGGUGUCUUUGCUGGGACACCCUUCUGGCCCCGCAGACUCAGCACGUCCGCAUCGGAACACCUAACGAGACUUCCUCUUGGGCUGCCCAUCUUGGGGACAUCACCGUCAGCCGCCAACCAGGCGUGAGGCAAACUACUGUUCCUUUUCAAGUCUUGGCUCAGAUGCCACCUCCCUUUGACUCCCCUGGAAGUCUCAGGUGCCCCUUCUCCUAUGGUCCUAGUGGAGCUUAUACAGGCACCAUGAAACUACUCCGAGUUCCUUGGAGCCAUCGCUGCGGGCAGACAUCCUCCGUGGCCGCAGUUUCCGGAAGCCCAAGGUCUGAAAUCACGGUAUCUGCAGAGUUGGUUCCAUCUACAGCCCUGGGAAGAAUCUGUUCCAGCCUCUCUUCUGGCGUGUGGGGUGGUCAUGAUCCUUGGUGUUCCUUGGCUUGUAGCUGUAUCACUCUGACCUCAGCCUCUGUCUCCACGUGGCCUUCUCCCCAUGGGGGUCUCCUCGGGCAAGGUUCUCUCUGGGUGGAUCCAGAAGGUAACAUCCUAUUUUUCAGAAGAGCAGCAUCUUCUCUCCCCAGGAUGAAGACCUAUCAGCUUACGAGGUGAACUUGGAGUCAACUGCUUGCUCCUUAUCACCGUUGUGCUGUUUCCAAGGCCUUUGGAGAGAGACUUGGAACGUUCAGGGGGAAAGAGAAGGCAGCAGGGGACGCUGUGCUCUGGUCAGUCCUUCCGGGAAGGAUGGAGGCUGCUGCCCUUCACGUCUCCGAGAGAACCCCUGCCUCCCCUCCCCACGUGGCCAGAGGGUUUGUGAAAAAAAGCACCGUCCCAGAAAGAAACAGAGGUGGCUCGGUCCCGAGGGGAUCCCACGUGGCUGUCUUUGGACCUCCUAGGGCCCAUCGGAGCUGCCAAAGUGCUUGGUUCUCAGUCAAGGGAGAAAGGCCGUGGGGUGUUACCUGUUGGAGAUGAUCCCACAGCUGGGGAGUGAGGAGAGGUGCAAGGACAGAGCCCGCGAGCCAACACAGCCGGACAGAGGUGAGCGGAGACGUCACCCCUCUGCCGGUUUCGGACCAGCCCCGCCCGUCCAAACGGCAGCAGCAGACACAGGUUCUCCGGGCCCCACGGGGCUCCCCCAAUUCCCCAGAAACAGCCCGCUCAUUUCAGUGGGUACAACUGAGACCGGUUCAUCGGCUCUGUCCUGGGUAAGCACCGAUCCCAAAGGGUCCUCGCGGGGACUUUCCACCCCGCGCCUCCCGGGCCCUGGCGGGUUCCACCAACUAACUGCCUUUUCCUGCCACCUGGCCACGCGGGAAGGCCAGCCCCAGCGGGGAUGUCCUCAGGUCUCGGGGACAGUGGGGAGAGGUGAGCACAUCUCUGAUGCACAGAAAUCAGGAGGUAUCGAAAUGAAGAUCAA